AUGGAUAGUCAUAGUCAUUAUGUCAACUCAGUCUGUUUCUCUCCUGAUGGUAAUACAUUAGCUUCUGGUAGUGAUGAUAAGUCUAUCCGUCUAUGGGAUGUCAAAACAGGAUUAUAAAAAGCCAAAUUGGAUGGUCAUACUAGUUAUGUUAUGUCAGUCUGUUUCUCUUCCGAUGGAAAUACAUUAGCUUCUGGUAGUAAUGAUAACUCUAUUCGUCUAUGGAAUUUCAAAACAGGUUAAUAAAUAGGAGAAGUAGCUUCUCAUACUAGCGAAGUCAAAUCAGUUUGUUUCUCUCCUGAUGGAAAUACAUUAGCUUCUGGUAGUGAUGAUAAAUCUAUCUGUUUAUGCGAUUUGAAAACAGGAUUAUAAAUAACCAAAUUGGAUGGUCAUACUAAAGACGUCAACUCAGUCUGUUUCUCUCCUGAUGGAAGUAUAUUAGCAUCUGGUAGUGAUGAUAACUCUAUUCGUCUUUGGGAUGUUAAAACUGGAAAGGACAUUCAAACCUAGCAUAACAAUUCUAAUGAAAUUCUUAAAAAAUGUAAGACUACUAAAUUCUAAAAAAAUCAACUGCCGAUUUGUGGUAUUAAUUUUUAAUUCUAUAUAGUUAAUCCUAAUUACGCAAUUCUUGUUUUAUCUACAUAUCCUUUUUUAUUAUCAAAUGGAGCUUUAAUCCUGUAAGGACAAUUUUAAACUACUUGGGGAGAAGAUUUAUGCAAAUUUUUUGAAUAGAGAGGAAGUUGUAUUUUGGAAAGCUUAAAUUAAAUUGAAUGA